UAAUUGAGUCAUUUAUUAUUAUUAUUAUUUUAAUUAUGGCAUCUUCUGUCCUCCAGAGUUAGUUUCAGAAAUGCAUAAAACCUCAAAUUUGUCAUUUUAUAUCUUCAGAUUUAAGAUUGUUAAGUAACUGCAGCUCAAAAGUCACAGAGAAGUUGUAUGAAAUAGAAUUAUAAUCGUCUAGAGAACGUGCUUCCGCCAGAUUACUGUAUACGAAGAGAUUAAGGUUAUAGAUAAUCACGCUGAAAGGGGAUUUGGUUAAAAGCAGCAUCGCUCUCACAUCCUGCACACACACACACACACACAGACAGUUUGCAGAGUGGGUGGAGAUGGAGACCGGUCAGGUCAGCUCAGCCACAUUACCAGCUUUAAUCAGAAACUACCUGUUUCAUUAAAUAUCCUCGUCUGGCCCUCAGACACAGGGAGCUGUGUUCACCUCUCUGUUAAACACACAAGAGCACCACCUGCUGAUUUAAAUUAAACUCACGGACCUGAGGAUCAUCAGGGUUUCCCAGUAGAAUGAGAACAAUUUAAUUAUUAUAAUGACUCUAAACCUGUCACUCUUCAGAAACAGAAACUAGAGAUUCUUUUUCUGUGCUUCUUAUCAAAUGACACAGUCCACUGAUCCGAUCCAGUGACUCGCCAGUGUUAACCCUCUGAAUCCCAAACAGCUUCAGGGCUUUUUUUUUUUGUAAUGUAAGUCCUGUACCUCUGUGGAAGCAGCACAAUCAUGGCUAGAAGCAGCACAAUAUAACACAUUUUUUAUGCUUAAAAUCAUUACAAGAAGCUUAUAUUGUGAUAAUUUAUUUUACAACAUUUUUUUUAUUUAACCUAUAUAUUUUACAUUCUUUCAAGUCUCCACAAGUAUUAAGCAAUGUUGGAAAAAAUCGGUCUCCACAUGCUAUUUAUAUUAGACCAUUUAAUUAUUGUAGGACCUCUUAUCUUAGCUCUGCGUAAGCAGCCUGCAGUUCUGUCCAAGUUUCACAGAAUUUUUCAUAUGUUGCUGUUUGCGCUGAUUUUAAAGUUUUUUACAGGAUCCGGUUAAUGCAAUCGCUUAAUUUUUGGUGAAAUUUUAAAUCCGAAAUGUAAAAAAAAAAAGAAGAAAUGUAACAUAUUUUAAACUUCUAGUUACUUUUUCCCAAUGGAACCUUUCAUCACAGACGUUGACGAUACACCAGUAUAGCUGUUUUUAUAGUUUUUAUUUUAAAAAUCACAAUGACAUUUUUGCAUUUCUUUAAACUAAAACAUGCUUUUCAAACCCACUAGCUCAUCAUGCUAUAAAGAGGAAAAAUGUAGAAAGGGAGGAGAAUUUGAUCAAAAAUAGGAAGCCAAUGGCAGGCUUUUCCUAACAGUCAUCUGAUGAGUCAGACUCAUUUAUUAUCAAUCCCUGAUGAUCCUCCUCAAAUGCAAAGUACUUCCAAACUUGACUCAGCAUUUUUCUUUGCAACCAGAUGAGAUGGAGAUGUGGCUGCAGCUGCACUUGUCGCACAUGACAUAGUAAAAUAUCGACACCAGACACUUUGUUUGAAAACUUGAGUAGAAGCUUUAAAUGUAUAAACAUGACAUUUGGUGCCGCCCUAAGAUCUGUUGAUUUCUGCCAACCAAUCCUUUAAAUCCCAACCAAUCACUUCCUGUUGUGUUAUUCUGUAGAUCAUUGAAUAAUAAAACCAGGUUCUGUGCAUGCGUCCCCCCCUCCUCUCUCUGAAUCUAGAUCUACACAUCAAAUACACAUCAUCAUUUGCAAUGUACCUUUUCAAGGCUCGUUGUGUGGUUUUAUGUGUUGUUGCAUAUUUUACAGCAUUAGGAUCUUUGGGAAAUUAUGACCACUGCAACAGGUCAAUGACGUUGCAAGGGGCAAGCAACGCUGAGAAAUUUGAUUAUGUCAUGAACUUCAUGAACAAACUGGCAGGAAAUGAGUAUGUGGGCUUCAGCAACGCCACUUUCCAGUCGGAGCGAGAGUCCGGAGACAGAAACUUUGCCAUCGGCUACUACCUGAAGGAGAAGAAGUGUUUUCCAGAGGGGACGGACAUGACCUCCAUCCUUGACUUCUACUUCCAGUUGUGCUCCAUCGAGGUGACCUGCGAGAGCGCCAGCGUCAUGGCGGCCACUCUGGCCAACGGCGGCUUCUGUCCAAUCACAGGCGAGCGCGUGCUGAGCCCCGAGUCGGUGCGAGACACUCUGAGUCUGAUGCAUUCCUGCGGCAUGUACGACUUCUCCGGACAGUUCGCUUUCCACGUGGGGCUGCCGGCUAAAUCUGGUGUUGCCGGUGGGAUUCUGCUGGUUGUUCCGAACGUGAUGGGCAUCAUGUGUUGGUCUCCUCCGCUCGACAAGCUGGGGAACAGCGUCAGAGGCAUUCAGUUCUGCACGGACCUGGUUUCCCUCUUUAACUUCCACAACUAUGAUAACCUGAGACACUUUGCUAAGAAACUGGAUCCUCGAAGGGAGGGAGGAGACCAGAGGGUGAAGUCGGUGAUAAAUCUUCUGUUUGCUGCUUACACCGGAGACGUCUCGGCCCUGAGGAGGUUUGCGUUGUCUUCCAUGGACAUGGAGCAGAGGGACUACGACUCCAGGACGGCCCUGCAUGUGGCAGCUGCUGAAGGACACGGUGAAGUGGUUCGUUUCCUACUGGAGGCCUGUAAAGUCAACCCAGUUCCCAAAGACAGGUGGGGGAACACACCGAUGGACGAAGCGGUGCACUUUGGCCACCAUGACGUGGUGACCAUCCUCCGUGAUUAUCACAACAAGUACAACCCUCCCACCACGGAGGACAAGCAGAAGUCAGAGAAGAACCUGGACGGGAUGCUCUGAUGGAAAAAAAACACCUGAAGCAAAGAAGAUCAAUUAAAAUGAACGGUUAGAAAAAAACUUCUUCAGUCUGGAUGAGAAAAGUCAGGAAGGAAACUCUAUUUAACUCACAUAGGAAACAGUUAGGAACAUUAAACUGUACAGUGAAACAAACCCCUUAGAUGAAGCUUAAGAGUCUCCGUACACACAGGGAAACCACCAUCCCUCCAAAGUAAAAGCUCCUCAUCAUGCUAUUAGAUGUUGUUGGUUUUUGUAAUAUAUUGUCUGUAGUUUGAGUGGGGAAUAUAUUGUUAUUUAAUUUCUCCUUUUGUAUUUUGCCAUCAGCUUUGUAGCUUCAAAGACAGACUAUUUACUUUCAAAUCCGCGGUUUUAUUCUGAAAAGCUGAAAAACAGGAAGUAGCAGGCGUUUGUUCCCCUGAUUCAAAACCUUAGUCACUUCAUCAUCACAGCGUGGUGGAAUGUAUCCUCCCAAAAAACACUUUGGUGUGUUUGUAUGUGUGCGUGUGAUAUUUAUUUAUCUAUUUAAGAUAAAAGUGUACAUUCAUGUAGUGUGUGAGUGUGUGUGUGUAUAUUCUUGAGGAGAGGAUAAAUGAGUGUAAAUACGUACAGGUGUAUAGUUGUGAUUCUGUAGUCCGACAGCUGGAUUCAGCUCUGAUCACGAGGUGCGUGAGGUAGAUUUCACUAAAACUCUGGAAACUGUCAGUAUUUCCGUUUUAAAUAUGAGAUUUACAUGAAUAUUGACAUUUAAACUGUUAAAUAUUCAGCUUUUUGUUCAGCUAUCUAAUAGCUGGUUUUGUUUUUAACCCCUAAACAACUGUAGUUUUAUUUUUUACCGUUAUGCUGAUUUAUUUGAUAUUUAUUUUUUGUAAAAUAAGGAAAGCGAGUCAGCCAAAGUUCAGGAUGUUUGUUGAAAGAGUUUCUAAAUAUCAUAUAUGACACUGCCAGCGCUGACCGCAGCUUGAAUUACUGUAAACAAAAUUAGAAUAAGUUUGUUUUAUACUUUUGUUUUUGCACUCAACAAUAGAAAAAUACCUCAAUCUAAACAUUGUUCAAACCCACAAACCUCUGUUAUAGAUUAUUAAAUAUAUUUUAAUUGAUGCUCAAGACACCUAGAAUGUUUCUUUUUGAUUUAAUAAAAUAGAAAUAUGUAAUGAAUGAGUCUGGUAUUAAAAACACAAAACUCAAAACUGUGCACUAGAGCUGCUGAAUUGGUUUAAAAUGAAUCCAAAAGUGAAUCAAAUCAAAAUUUUGUUUGCUCAGCCUCCAAUUUAAUCUUUAAUUUCCACUUUAAUGCUGAUUGGUUGUUUCUUAGAGCAAUGUGAGUAAUUAUAAUAGUAAACUUUCUUGAAAUAAUGAUGUAGUACCUUAAAAACAAGCUCUUUUAGUGUUUUUGGUCAAAUAAAUUACCAAAACAAUCACAAAAUAGCAUAAGCAUAAAUACCAGUGUCAAUGAACAUGUAUCAAAAAAUCUUUCAAAUAUCUUAUGGAGAGUUGAUUGAAAUAUUUGGUUCAUGUUUCUACAUUUAGAAAUCUUUUGCAUCAGUGUGUUUUGUUUAUUUAUUUAUGGCACAAUUUCAAUAUUUCUAUCCAUUAUUAUGGUUUACUGAUUUUAGUUUAGGUUAUACAGAUUUAGGGUUAUGAAACACUGGCACAAAAACAGAAAAAUACAACCACGCACAUUCUGAAGUUAAAGUUUCUCUUAUUUACUGAACUAAGACUGACUUAAUUUCAUCUUUGACUAAAAAUUGCACCAAGAAAAACAGCCAGUAAAGCCCUCAUCCAGUCCCCCAAUAGUAGAUACUUAUUUGAAGAUACUGACUCAUUAUUUUAUGAAUUAGUAAUGACUUACUGUAUCUUCUUUUUGGAUCUGUCUUUUUUUCAAUAGGACGGCCAUUGAAAGAAAAAAAAAAAUUUCUUUGUUGAGUGCACUGGUUCUUUUUAUUUCAUUCUGUAUUUAUUAUCGAGUUGUCAUUACAUUUUCAUUGUUAUAAAUCUAAACAUGUUUUUCAAAACAAAGGCUUUUAGUGCAGGAAACGUGCUGACUCUGUAAUGUAUCACAUGAAUUAUGAUGGUUUGUAUGUAAACACUCGUUCCUGCAGAGGACUCAGGAAUCUGUCUCCACAGCAGAUUUGAAACACUAAAAACAAAACUGAAGGAGCUUUAUAACGCAGACAGAUUGUUGUUUAUUUUUAAACCCGUAAUGUGCAGCAGAAUCUGUUAUACUUGAAAAGUUGUGCAGAUGUGUCGUUUUUUCCAGAGGUGUUGUGCGUUUGUAGCGUGUUGAAAGUUUGGAUGUUGUUUCUGUACAAACAAACUGAACCAGGCAAUCAACAUGUCUGCGAUAUUAACAAUCCACACUCCAGAUUCUGUUCAGAUUUAGUGCAUUUUUACUCCUCAGGCUGGGAUCAGUUCAUACGGUUUGAUUGAAGCGGUUAUUUAAAGUAUUUUUGGUUCAAAAUUGAUUAUACAAAGCACAAAACUAUACCUAAAAACUGCAAUAUUUUGAGAAACAAUUAGCAAUACAAAUGCAAUGAUUGUACGAUCAAAUUAGCAAUAUAUAUUAUGAUAAGAGCUGAUCCCGACCUGCAGCCGUCGUAGAUACGAAGUGAUCUCUGUUUGCAGCGACUGAAGUAUUCUGAAUGUAACGUGUUUGGUGUCGUUCUGUUUCUUCUUCAUGUAUAUUUGUGCUGCUGAGUGUCACAGGCAGUUCAGAUGUUUAUUCACAGAUCAAACAUUUAAUAAAAGUUAUGAAAUUCAAA